AUGCCGAACCCCUACUCCGUUCUCGGUGUCGCGCAAGACGCAGACGACAAAACCAUCCGCUCCGCCUAUCACAACCUCGCACUCCACUACCACCCGGACAAAGCCCGCGACCCAGUUCAAGGCCCCAAGAGCGAGGAUAUCUUCAAGGUCAUCCAGAACGCCUACGAGACCCUCAUCGACCCAGAGAAGCGA